AUGCGGACAGGUCUCGCUGGAAUCCUGGCCGCUGCAUGCAGCAUUUUGCACGCAUUCGCAGCAUCUACAGAGCAGACGCACCAGCUCCUCGUUGACCUCGCUGCCAAAAACGCUGGCAUCGUCCCGCUCGACGCCGGCCUGUUUGAGAAAAUCGUGGCUAAAGACCGCGAAUGGAGCGUCUCGGUGCAAUUCACGGCACUCUCCCCUACAAUGAAAUGCGCACCUUGUCGGGAUUUUGCCCCUCAGUUUGCUACUGUAGCGAAAGCAUGGAGUACUGUGCCCACGGAGCAGCGUAAUCAGCAUUUCUUUGCGACACUCGAGUUUACAGACGCGGUCGAAACGUUUAGACGUUUACAACUGGUUUCUGCUCCAGUCAUGCAGUAUUAUCCAGCUGCUCGCGGACCCAGAAGACCAGCAAACGGCAAGUUGGAUCCCCAGCCUUGGGACUUUAAUUCACUCGGGUUCGAUGCGGAGACAAUGGCAACAGAGCUCUCCAAAUAUACACCAACCAAAAUUCCUUACAAGGCACCGGUCAACUGGGCACUUAUCACCACAUCUGUAUCUGGAGUGUUUGCAUUCUUGUUAGCACUCAGGUUUAUCCUGCCAAUCUUGACCUCUCGUUGGAUUUGGGCACUCCUCAUCACCAUCGCCUGCGUCGUUUUUACGUCGGGAAUCAUGUUUGUACGCAUUCGUGGGUCGCCUAUGACUGGAAGUGGGAGGAGUGGACCGUCGUGGAUCGCUGGUGGAUAUCAAAACAUGUACGGGAUGGAAGUUCAGGUGCUUGCGGGCAUUUAUGGAACGCUUGGAUUCUCGUACUGUGCCCUCAUCUUCCUCGUCCCUCGCAUCCUCUCCCCCUACAAGCAGCGGCUGGCAGUGUAUAUCUGGUGUACUGUCAUCUUCCUCUUAUUCUCAGUUCUUCUAUCUCUAUUUGGACUCAAGAAUCAAGCCUAUCCUUUCCGAUUACUUAUCUAG